CCCGGAAAUGACCCUCGAAACGUCAGCACCUCUUAUGCAAAUGAGGGUGUUUCCGCUGCUUUGCCAAGAUGGCGAAAACCUAUGACUACCUUUUCAAGCUAUUAUUGAUCGGCGAUUCAGCGGUCGGAAAAACUUGUAUACUCUUCAGAUUCUCAGAAGACGCUUUUAAUUCGACGUUCAUUUCAACAAUAGGCAUCGACUUCAAAAUCCGAACUGUUGAGUUGGACGGCAAGAAGAUCAAGCUACAAAUAUGUGGAUCGUUGUCCUGGACAGGGUUGACUCUGGCCAUCGAGCACGGCAUCAAGUUCAUGGAGACCAGCGCCAAGGCCAGCAUCAACGUGGAGGACGCCUUCUUCACGCUCGCCCGGGACAUCAAGUCCAAGAUGGACCGCAAAAUUGAUUCUUCCGGUCCGAGCAGCAAAGCCAGCGGUCACCAGCUGGCCAGCAAGGAUGGGGGUUCUCAGAAAAAGUCCUUCUUUCGGUCAUGUACUCUGCUCUGAUUGGUCAACGGCUGAUGUCUGUGCGUUUGUUUUGUUCGGGGGUGUGGCCGUUGUGUUGUGGGGGCGUGGUGGGAGUGUGGCACGAGAUCGAUGUGUGUGUGCGUGUGUGUGUGGUUGGUGAGCGGGGUUAAAGUUGGACUUGUGGCUGGCUGGCAGUCCUUCUCUCAAAGAUGAUAGAAGAACGCAAUCUUUUUGUAAAUUUUUUUCAGCCAUUUCGCCGAGACAAUUUUCAAGAAAUUUCAUUUCAAAGAAAUUUUAUUUCAUAUGAAAGGAAAGAACAAAAACAAACGUCCUGACUGGUAUGGGUUGGAGAUGUUUCUAAAUUCUCCCUGUGGCACGUACAAAGUUGCACAGGCUCAGUGCCAGUCCACAAGUGCCCAAGUCAUUUGAUUUUGGAAGUUUUGAGAAAUUCAAAGUUACAGAAAGCGGCCAAAUCAGAGCCCCGAUUCGGGAUCUCGUUAUUUUACUAUUAAAAAAAAAAA